AAUUACUUCCCGCCCCUGCGAACAGACCCCGUUCAUAAUUGCUAUCUGUUUCCGGUUUACCCCCCUUUUCGGCUAAAGCUCCAAGCUCGCCAACAUGCCUCUCGCUAAGGAUUUACUGCACCCAACUCCCGAAGAGGAGAAGAGGAGACACAAGAAGAAACGUCUUGUUCAGAGCCCAAACUCCUACUUCAUGGAUGUCAAAUGUCCAGGAUGCUAUAAAAUCACUACGGUGUUUAGCCAUGCCCAGACAGUCGUGCUGUGUGUGGGGUGCUCCACAGUCCUCUGCCAGCCCACUGGAGGAAAGGCACGCCUUACAGAGGGAUGCUCAUUCAGGAGAAAGCAGCACUAGUCUCUCGCCGCUGAUUGGUUGAGACCAGGCGGGAGAGACGGGAUUGGACGAUGAAAAUGUUCGGUGUCUUCACCCCGGAAACCUGGAUGAGAUCAGACCUCUUUGGCUAAAGGCGAGGCGUGCUGGGGAAAUAUGAAGUCAAGCGCAAGGAAAAGAAAAUCAAAAAAUAAAGUGAAAUGAAAUACCUAUGGCUCCCUGUUGAACCAGGGCAGAGGGCAUGUGGGACUGAAGAAGACUUCACUGGAACGUUAACAUCUCCAACCCUGCCUCUCUCUAAAGAUAAAUAAAGUUAUGUCUUUCGUUA